AUGGUACUGGCCCUCCGAGCUGCAGACGAUCGUGUUCUUUCCUCGGGCCGAGGCUCUAUGGUGCUGGAUCUCCUAGCAGCAGAUGACCGUUGUCUGGUCUCCUGCUCAUCGGAACAUCGGCUCGAGGCAGCUGGAGCCUUCAUCGGAGCAUUGGAGGAGGCACUGUCACUCCCAGUCUGGAAAGAAGGGCUUGGGUGCUCAGCCUCCUGGUUCGUCGUCUCCCGUAGAUCCAGCCUGGAGGUCUCACUCGUCGUUGACGUGGGUGUGGACCGCUUGGCUUCUUUCCUUCUCGAACUUGCCGCAACGCCGGUAGCCAGCUCUUUGAGGAGUCCCUCCAUGGACUGUGUUCGUCUUGUUUCGGCCUGCGUAUUCAUGACGUUCACCCCCCAUCCCUGUGCGUCUCCAUCUGUUGCCCCGGUACAGAUGCCAGCUGCUUCGAGCCAGGGCCUUGGCGAGCAAGAGGCCAAUCAGCGAUCGACUGCAGCUAGGAGGUCCAAUACAAAUGAACCACGACCAGAGGAAAGACAACGAUCGUCUGCUGCACGGCGGGCUAGUACAGUGGAACCACGGCCCCAUCUACUCCUAGCACAAGCACCAGAGGAGGUACGACGCGCUAAGCAGCGCCUACUUCAGGAAGCGAAAUCUGCAGUGGUCAAGCUAAUUCCGCAUGGAGACGAUCUCCACAACUUCCUCCACGGCUACUUCAGGCAGCAUCAUGCGACGUAUCACACCAGCCCGAUGAACAUGCCCUCCUGCGGAAACUGGAUUUGGUCGCUCACAGCGGCUUUGAUGACAAGGCCGGAGAGCCACCCCAACGUCUGGACACGCAGGCAGGCGGGCAAGCUGGGUGACGCGGUUGAGGGCUAUCUCUACACGUUGUACCAGAAACAGACGGUGGAGAGUCUUGCCCUGCUGGCCAUUUACGGGGAGGCAGCGAGGCACCUCCAUGACCUAAUGCAAGGAAUCCCACAUGCUAUUUACUACCGCCUAAGCUGGCGGCAGUCGCUCGACACGCUCGAAGAGCUCCUCGAGCCGUGGAUAGGAGUGUCAGAUGCACAGGACAAGCGGUCUCCGCGUCCUGCAGUCGCAAAUGGCGACUUCGACCGACCGUCAGACGCAGACACCUACGAGGCAGGAGGUGGGGCACAGCAACGUCUCAAGGUCCUGUCCAUCAAUGUUAACAGCCUAAGCGGGUUCCUUUGGGGUGAAGUCAAGGCGUUUCUUGGUGGAGAGGGCCUGCAGUAUGACUUCAUAUUCCUACAGGAAACGCAUCGCACUGCCUUUUGCGCUUUCAAGGUUGAUAACUGGAUGGCAGUUGGCUCCUCAACAAAACGGGGAGAGGGUGUGCUCACACUAGUUCAUCCUCGUUACGAUGCCUCCAUGGUUCGUUACCAGGAGAUAAUCCCAGGCAGAGUUCUAAGAGUGAAGGUAUGCCACAAAGAGGCAGCCAUCGAAACACUUAACAUAUACCAACAUGUUUGGAUACACACGGAUGAUCCGGAACAAAACAAACAGAGGCGGCAAACCCUGCUCGAUAAGUGCACUGCCACAAUACAGGGCAUGGCUAGAAGAGACACCCUGAUUCUAGCGGGAGAUUUUAACUCAGAGGUACACGCAGUAAAUGGAUUGAUCGGGACACGCGUGAACCGCUCAGCCUAUCACCAAGCCCUUGACCCACUCACACUUCCAAGAUUCAUACAAGACAACGCCCUGGUUGCUCUAAACACUUGGCAUAUGAAGGACCCAUGCACCAACUACACCCGUACGGGCAACUCUCAGAUUGACUAUAUCCUUGUGCGCGCACCAAGUGCUGACACCAGAGCGAAGCAAGUAGUCAAACAAGAGGCACCCUUUGGGGCGUGGAAAGAGCUCACACACUCGGCCCUCAUUGCUGAUGUCCGAAUCAUCAAGCACUUCCACUUGCCCAAGGCCAAAAUGCAGCAGGAACUACAAUACUCGAGACAUGACCUUGACUACGCGUAUCGCCAGAAGGAUCACCGAAUCACACAAUUAAAGAGUAAAGUGGAGUUGGAGAUAAAUCACAGCUUGCACCACGGCCUCCCACUGACUGCAGAUCACAUCAAUCACACAUUACUGCGUGAGGUCUCUGAACUCUUCCCAACAGCUACAUCAGCACACACCAAUCGAGGCCAAACCAAAGCACAGUGCAAGGCCAUCUUUGCUGCGUGGAAAGAGCUGUUGACCCACCCUGACGAAGUAGGAGGCUCGACCAUCACACUGCCUGCCCGCGUCUACCACAUGUGGCAGAGACGUAGGGAUCUUCAGCGAUGCAAGCCAUUCACCCUGUCAGGAGUGCUUCGCACAUGGCAAUGGGUGCUCCUCUUCAACAAGGCAGGACGGCAGAGCAAGCAAUAUCAUCUCCAGCAUCAACGGGCCAUAGCACUGGGGCACUUACAGCAAGCUGAAAGGGCCGCUCAGACGCACAACACGAAGCGUCUCUAUGGUGCAGUCAAGCGACUCCUGCCCUGGAAGCCCAAGCCCAGGAUCAUGCUUAAGCACCCGGAUGGAUCGCCCAUGUCUCUGCACCAGGAACACCAAGCACUUGUCCAGCACUGCAAGCAACUCUUCGCACCCCCGGCGGCAUCUCCCAAUCGACCAGGCCAGACGCUUAGCAUGCCAUUGACUGCCUGUGAAUGGACGACACAGCUCAAAUGUACUCCUAUAGGCAAGGCCGUGCCUGCGGACUCCGCUCCGGCCACGGCGUGGAAGGCCUGCGCGACGAUUGUGGCGCCAGCCAUGGCCUGCAUAGCCAAAGGCCUACUCAGACCGGAUGGCAAGGCGUUUGCAGGCCACAUCAAAAAUCAGCUACUGAUGCAGGCCUGCUCCAGCCUUACUCACACUCCACAGUAUGCAUACCUUCCGGCACGGGACACGACGGAUGCGCUGGCAAGGGUCAACGCAUGCAUACAUGACAUCAAGGACGGUCUCAAGGCCUUGGGUGGGAAUAGGUUCCUGACGAGACAGCGCAAAGAAACUGGACAGGUCAAAGGCGAAUCAGGAGGGUGCCUCCUGUCGGUCGACCUCAGCCAAGCUUUUGAUCGUGUCAACCGUGCAAAACUAGAUAGAGCAUUGGCACUCCACCAGGUUGAUGCUGACCUUAGAUCUACCGUCACAGCCAUCCACGAGCAGGCUGCUUACCAGGUCAGGGAUAAAUUUCACCGGACAGAUAUCUGCGCGACGCAAGGAAUUCGCCAGGGAUGUCGACUAGCACCGGCCCUAUGGGCAGUGCUGUCGUCUCAGUUACUCUGGGAUCUUACUCCCGCUGGUCAAACGCCGCUGCAGCUUCCAUUCACGUUGUUCGCCGAUGACCAUUUAGGCCAUUGGCUCCUCAAAACGGUGGAUGAUGCCAAGCGAAUGGAGGAGACGAUAGUGGCACUUUUUCACAUGUUGGAAACAUACGGGCUCAAGGUUAAUCCGGAUAAAUCCAGUUUGGUCAUUCGGGUCCAGGGAGCGCAACUUGAAAAAUUUGUCAAAAGCCGCACGGUUAUAGUUCGCAACCAGGUGAGUAAUCAGACGCUGAGAGAAACCUACAACCUGAAGGAUCCUGUACAUGUGCUGACGGAGCGCAUUGCGCGCAAACUUGAAGCUAUGCAACAAGGACCAGCAGACAGGCGGCCUCCGCUUCACCUGAGACCCAGCUCCCUGCAGUAUGGCCUGUACCACACCCAGGGAUGGACGUUGCGAUUUACCUCAAAUCACCUACUCAAGAUGAGAUGCAACUGCACAUACAGCACAUGUCCACGCUUGCCAAGACACGAUGUCUCCUAUGCGGUGAACAGCUCUGCCUCCACGUCAGUGGAGACCACGCCGGAGCAACAGAUGGCGGCAGUGUGGGGCCUCAGCUCACCACUGGCGACGACGCCUACACCACAGAGACAAGCGUCCGUCAGACACAGACUGACGCAAGGGACGCCGCAAAAGUAUCGAAAGGGCAUGGGCAAGGGCGCAGGCAAGGCAGCUCCCAAGGCAAAACGGGAUCGGGACCAGGAAGCAGAAGACGAGUUGAUGAUGGACCUGGAGUCGCUGGACGAGGAGACGGUGAGAACGGCCUUGAAAGCCUUGGUCAAAACAGCACUCAGACACGAACACCAACUGACGAUCUUGGAGGCAGACCGGAGCUACGUGUUCUUCCUGGACACGACGAACCACGGCAUUGUCUCCAUGCUGAUCCAGGCAGCGCAACAUGGAACACAAAGUUCGAGGAUGGGCAACGCGGUCUCCGCUCCAGUGGAUCUACAACGGUGGAAUCCGGUACAGAAAAAGGCGCUACCAUCAAGUCGGAACAACCUCACUCACGAGGACGCAAAAAAGGCAGUCAACCAGCUCAUCACAAACACCGCCAAGGCGGAAGUGAUCACCAUGGUCCUGACGCUCACCGUCCAUCAACAGGCGGCAGCCGUUUACCACGACCUGGACCUCUUGGCAAACAACUGCGCGGGCAAGCUGAUCGGUCUACGCUUGAGACGGGAGCGAGUGGGCAAGACGGCGCUCACCAAGGAGCUCGAGAGACAGAUCUGA